CCAACCAUGAAUUGCCUGGAUAAGUUUCCUGAUGCAUUCCGUACAUUCAGUGCCUUCAGGCAGAAAUUUGCUAAUGUUUCUGGUUACUGUUACUGUGCUGAUAGAUUAGGGCGCGAGCUUCAGGGUACUGGUCUGGAGUUACUGCUGGAUGAAAUCUAUGACAGUAUAUUUACUGGCCCUCAGACCGCCCACACUUUUACAGAGACCGGUAUUUACCGAAUCCUGAGAAGGAGAUUCCUUGCGGUGCAGUUGCUGAUUACUGGCAGGUUUAGAUGCCCAACGAGAUGUGAAAUUGAGAGGUUUACAGCGGCUUCAUUUGAUGAUGUCUUCACUCCAUCAUGUGAUGACGAUGGGAACUAUCUGCCCAUACAAUGUCAGAAGGGGGGUCAAUGCUGGUGUUCAGAUCCCAAUGGAGAGGAACUGCUUGGAACAAGGCAGCAGGGAAGAAAACCUAACUGUGGGGAUAGUGGAAGUGACUGUGAAUCUGAAAGGAAACGUAUGUUGUCAUGGCUUUUCUAUGGACCGGUUGGUCACUUCAGUCAACACAAUAUUUUCACUCUGCCUGCAUCUUCACCUCAAGUUCUUGAAAAAAUUAGCAAGGCUCUCAGCCACUGCAGCCCAGAUCUGAAUGAGUUGUUGGUAAAAUCAGAUUUUCUGGUUUCCAUGCUCCAGGCUGUAGAGUCAGACACUGGCAAUUUCAAUCUAGAAGUGAUUCUGGGUGAGUUUGUGGAACAAAUGUUUCUAUCUAAGGACCUUGCACUUACUGCUCUUCAGUUCUCUGCGAACUCCAAAUUCUUCAUAGAAAAUCUGUUUGGGGGCAAAUUUCUGAAAAAUGUGGGUCAGUUCAAUUUCACUGGCAGUCUUGGAAGCAUGGGAGCUUUUAAUUUCAGUCAGUUCUUCCAGCAGAUUGGCUUAACUGGAAUGUACAGUGGAGGAAAUUUUGUGGAACUUGCCAAGUUGUUUUCACCCCUCGAAGACUCUUACCUUUCAAAAGGAGCAGCAGGAUUCUCCAGGGACACCUUCAAUUUGAAUCAGACAAUUCUGGACAACUUUGGACGGGCAGUUAACUUACAGGAGAACCAGAACAUUGUAAGACUUAUGGCAUCACUUUUUGAGCAACGUAAUGUUCUCAGGAUAUUGCAAGAAAUCAUCAGCUUUUUUGAUGCAGAUGAUGGCAGUUUAUCUGAAAUCAUCCAGCUACUUUUAAGAAGUGCCAGACUGGGAAUUUGUGAUCAUCGGAACUCAAAGCUGUUUGUUCCCAGGUGCACUAGAGACGGUGACUAUGAGGAAGUCCAGUGUCAAGGCUCACACCUUGAUUCGUGUGUGGUCAAUCAAAGAUUGGAGGUUCCAAACACAAAAGUUCAGGGUCAAAGGCCACAAUGUUCCACGCUGUGUGAGCAACAACGUCAGAGUUCUAUACUCAUGAAAGAGCAGCAGCCAGCUGGAUCUGAUGUGUUUGUUCCUUCAUGUGGAGCAGAAGGUGGUUUUCUAUCCAUGCAAUGUGAUGGGAUGAGUUGCUUCUGUGUGGACCUGCAGGGCAGGCAGAUUCCUGGAAUAAGAAAACCAGAUGGAGAAAGCAUGAAGUGCCCCAGUGCUUGCCAGUUGCUAGCAGCUGAGAAGUUCAUUCAAACAACUGAGACAAUACUGAGAGAUUCAAGCCCAUUUUCAACACCUGCAGCUUACAUUCCCCAAUGCAGAGAAAAUGGAGAGUGGAGACGUGUCCAAUGUGAUGGCCCCCCUUUUCAGGUCAUCUCCUUUUAUCGUCACUGGAUUGCUGAGAACAAAGGAGACUGGAAUGUGUCAACUGUCAUGGAUGAAAUCGUUGAAUACCAUAGGUCAUCUCAAGCAUCCAUCAGUUUUGAGCUGUUUCUGAAGGAACUAUAUGACAGGGGGCAUCAACAUGUCUUUUCAGUGCUCUCUCAAUACCCAACGUUUGAUUCUAUUUCUGCUGAUGAUCUUGAAGCAAUUGCCAACUCAGAACUGGGCAUCAAUGUUCUACUGCACCCUUACACAUUUUGGCAGUUGUUGUUUGGCCAUGUAAAUCACUACCCUGGCUCGUAUUCUGAUUUCAGUGUCAAGAUAGGUGACCUGGAGCUGCGGAAAUGUUGGUGUGUUGAUGAAAAAGGACAAAAGCUGCCAGGAACAAAAGCUGAACUAAAUCAGACCCCACAAUGUCCAGGAUCAUGUGGUCUUGCUACCGCACAAGUCCUUCAGUUUAUUGAUGAGGCAGAUGAACUCAUCUUUGCUUCCAACAAUUCAGAAAUUCCUUUUACACAGGGUUUCCUCUUAGCAAGUGGUAUACACCUGACUGAGAGUGAGCUGCUUCAUUUCUCUGAGAAUUCACAGUCAGAUAUUUCCAUUUUUGAAAAAUUGCUGAGUGGAUCUGACUACGCUAUUCGAUUGGCUGCCCAAUCUACCCUGGAAUUCUACCAGAAAAAUCAGCUGACAAAGGAGAGGAACAAUGGCGAGUCAACUCUUAAAGGUUACAUCCCCUACACUCCCCAGUGUAAUGGGUUUGGAAACUGGGAGCCUAUCCAGUGCUAUGAGAGAACUGGUCACUGUUGGUGUGUUGAUGAGACUGGAAGUUAUAUUCCUGGUUCGCUGGUCAGUCGCUUGACCCAGAUGCCACAAUGUAUGACACCAUGUCAGCGCUCUCAAACAAAUGCAGCUCUUGCUGGAUGGAAGCUAAUGGGUCCCCAGCCUAAUACCACUGCCACAAAUGUAUUUGAACCAACUUGCAAUGAGGCGGGAGAGUACAAUAUCUUGCAGCAGCUGGAUCCCGAGGGUGACAAAGCUUGGUGCAUUCACCCUGACAGAAAGGAAGUUUUGCAAAUGGCUACAAUAGACUUGGAUGGGAAUCCACAAUGUCUAAGUAAGUGUGAUAUUCUGGCAAUUGACACGAUGGAGCAGGAAGCAGGGCCAGGUUAUAUACCAUCUUGUGACAACUUUGAUAGCUCCUUCUCAACCAUACAGUGUGAUCAGGACAAUGAGAAGUGUUGGUGUGUAUUUGAAAAUGGAGGAGAGGUUCCUGAAACACAAGUCAAUAUGACGACCGGAUUAAAACCUGCCUGCAAACGCCCACACUGUGUACUACCCUUCAAAGCACCUGAGGUAACGAAUGGCAUCGUCCUAUGUGAUGAUAUGCCCAGUGGCCAGUUUGUGCAGCAUUGCCAGGUGAAAUGUCGUCAAGGCUACCAGAGUGUAUUUGAUCAGAGAAGCUUUGUGUGCAACGUACAGACUGGUAGCUGGAUUGCAGAAUUCCCACAUCCAGAGUCCUGUCAGAGAAUCCACAUAUUUCAGGUGGCUCAGGUUCGGACACAAUUUCAGCUCGACUUGCCCUCUGGGAAAGCCUGUAGCAGUGAUUAUUCAGGAUUAUUGAAGGCAUUUAACACCUUCAUCGCAGAUGAUCUGACAGCUAGAGGAUUCUGUCAACUUCAGGUUUCUGGCCUUGGGGAAAUGGUGCUGGUUCCUGUCUGUGAUAAUUCAACUGUGUCGGUUGGAUGUUUAAGCAUAGACCGUUUAGGAGUGAAUGUUACUUGGAAAGUGAACCUUUCAGCUAUCCCAGCUUCUUCACUCCCUGACCUGCGUGACAUAGAAAAUGCCCUGCUGGGAGAAGGUUUAGUUAAGCGCUUCACUGAACUAAUUAACAGUGGAAAGUACCACAUCAUUUUGAAUUCCAAGCAAUUUCCAGCAGUGAAUAAUCCUAUGAACAAAGGCCACAACAUUUCACCCUUCAUGGAGCUUGGAUGCAGUGAUGGCUACCAACGAUUUUCAGCUGCUCAGAGAAGCAGAAAUGAUGUUAAUGGAUGCAUUGUAUGCCCUGCUGGCAGCUUUUUCCAGGAUGGGAGGUGCAUUCUGUGUCCCCCUGGGUUUUACCAGGAGACUGCAGGAAACUUGCAUUGUAACAAGUGCCCAGUGGGGAGGAAAACGGUAUCUCCUGGAGCUUUUUCAGCCCUCCAGUGUUUAACAGAAUGUGAAACCAGUCCAUUGAGCUUGCAGUGUGACAUGCAAGGGCAAUACGGAGCAGCACAGCAAGACAUCAGUGAACAGAAAUCUUUCUGUGUCACCACAACUGGAGCGCGAAUUGUCUGGACCGAGAUCAAUGGAACCCUCUCUGAGUCAGAUUGUACUGUCUUCCGACAGUUUGACAGCAUUGAUCAAUCCCAGCUCAUUCUGAACUCUGAAAACACGGAAAUAAUUAAGGUUUUAACAGCUCAGUCUAAUCGCCAGAGGCACCUUCUAGAUUGUCUCUCAGAAUGUUCUGGAAACGAUAUGUGCAACUUUUUAACGUUGUUCAGCAUAGGAGACCAGUACAAGUGUGAACUUUACAAUAGCUCAGAAUCUAACUUGCUCUGCAAAACAUUUGGGCAGAGUCAAGGUUUCCUGGGGAACUCGGCUACAGUCAGAUAUGAAGGGAUCAGUUGUGAGUUCAGAAUCAACAGCAGUGGUGAGGGGAAUCUAAAGGUCUACAGGAAAAAGGGUCAAGAAUUCACCACUUCAUUUCACAAGACCUUUGUGCGGACAGAUUAUCGUAAUGUAAAUACAGGAGUAUACAAGGCUAUCGCAUUUUCUGCAAAUGCAUCAAGCUUAACAAACGUACAUCAUUUCUGUCGGCAUUCCUGUGGGAAGGAGCAGUGCUGUGAUGGAUUCGUGUUGAGUCAGUUGUCGCUUGACAGAGGUACCCUCCUCUGUGGUCUGAUCAGUUAUCCAGAUGUACUACUUUGUAAUGUUGAUGACUGGCAGACAGCAUCUGUACUCAAUGAUGGUGCUUGUGGUGGUGUUAAUUCAAACACACAAAGGAAGAACCUCACGUCAAAUAUUGGAGGACAGCAGUUCAGUGGCUGCACACUUCUCUGUGGUCAGAUCAGUUUUCCAAAUAUACAGCUGUGUAAUGUUGAAACCCAGCAGACAAAACUGACCUCUACGCUUGGAGAUGGUGUUUGCAGAGGUGUUAAGUCCAACAAACAAAAGAAGACGUUCAUGUUCAUCAUUGGAGGACAGGUGUUUAGUGGCUCUUAUGCAUUGCUAGCAGAAAGCUUUAAGGAUGCUCGGUACUCAAAUGAACUGACGCCAGAAUUGGAGGAAAAUUUUCAGAGAACGUUUAAUCGUUUCCAGCAUGUCUACCUCUGGCAAGAUUCUGACAUGAACAAGAGGCUAAAUUCCACCAACUCCAAAACUAAAUGUUCUGGUCAAACUCCACAAGACCAGCAGAUUCCCAAACUACCAGAAACCACCAAAGAAUUUUUCUCACGGGUGGACUCAAAGCUUGUCCAAGUAGAUCAGAAGAAGUCUGUGCCAAACCAACAUUUCCAGCUUUUCAAGCAUCAGUUUCCAACUGCACAGGCUGAGCUGUGGUGCCUAGAGCGCUGCACAGAAGAGAACUUCUGCAAAGUGAUUUCCUUUCAGGACAGUGGUGCCUUGCAUUAUGAGUGUACACUUUACCCAGAUACACAGCUUUGCCAACCCAGUUCUGAUCCUGAAUCAUCUGCAGUGAACUGUAGCCUUGCCCUGCCUGAGGAACCACAAGCAUUAUAUAGAAAGAAAGAUGUGCUAAAAGGCCCAGUGAAAAACUUCUACACCCGCUUGCCAUUUCAACAACUGCAGGGGUUCUCAGUAAGAAAAUGGUUGAAUAUGAGACAAGGAGUCCAAGCUGGGUUUUUUGAAUGUGAACGGUUAUGUGAUGAAGAUUUUUGCUGCAAGGGCUUUGGAUUUCUGAAAGGACAGCAGACACCAGAUUCGGAGAUUACUUGCCUUACACUGAAUAGUUUUGGAGUGCAAUCCUGCAGCGAGGAAGUACAAAGCUGGCAUAUCCUGGAAUGUGAAUCAGCUGACGUGAACCCUCUAAUCUAUCCAUUUGGAUGGUAUCAAAAGCCUGUAAGUCAAUGGAAUCCUGUGCUCAACAUGUGUCCAGAAGUUAGCCUUCCACCACUUCCUCAAAAAGUUUCACUGAAUCAUUGGCAAAUGCUGAAGGUGCCUCCAGUCCUUGACUCGGCAAUGACCUCCUUUGAUAUUUUACACAUCAGCAGCUAUACCCCUGUAGUGACUGAAAACUUCAUGAACAAUGCCAGAGACUGGUGCCUGUCAGCUUGUGCCUCCAAUCGCACUUGUGCCUCAGUUUCUCUUCAUCGUCAGUCAUCAGGGAUCAGAUGUAUCUUUUAUCCUGACACACACAGCUGUCAACUCAGAUUACAAGGCCAUCACUGUCGAACACUGCUUAAGGAGGCUGCAGAUGUGGUCUAUCACAGGAAAUCUUUAGGAGGGUCAUGUGCAGGUCGCUGUGGGAACUAUCAACCUGACGAGGCCUGUCAGUGUAACUUAAAGUGUGAGGAUUAUGCAGAUUGCUGUCCUGACAUUCAUGCCUGUACUGAUCCUUUGUUAUUAGAAACCCAGCCGCAGCUGACCUCUAUAUUAAUUCCUGGUCAUGGAAUUCUGUUUGGGGAAUCUCAAGAUACCCGUGUUGGUGUGGAAUGGAAGGCUGUAAAUCGUUUCCUGGGAGUUCCAUAUGCAGCUCCGCCCACUGGCGAAGGCCGAUUUAAGGCCCCAGCAUCCUUUAACUGGACAGGACAAUGGAAUGCAACUUUCUACAGGCCCAGUUGCCUGCAGCCAGGGAAUGCAAAAGCAGUUUACUCCACUGUGGAUGAAGACUGCCUCUAUCUGAACAUUUUUGUACCAAAAAGCACUGUGGGGAACAUCCCGGUCUUGAUCUUCUUCCACAACAGUGCAGCAGAUUACGAAGAUGGGAGACAAAGCAACAUCGAUGGAUCCUACCUUGCAUCGGCUGGAAACAUUGUCAUUGUGACAGCAAACUACAGGGUUGGAGUCUUUGGAUUCUUAAGUGAUGGUAGUGAUGCAAUCGCUGGUAAUUGGGGCCUUUUGGAUCAGAUGGCUGCAUUGCAGUGGCUGCGGUGGAACAUUGGUUACUUUGGUGGAUCUCCAUCAAGUGUCACGAUUGCUGGGGACCGGAGUAAUGCUGAUAUCACCAGCAUGAACCUUAUUGCAGUGACUGGCAGCAAACUUUUCCAACGAGCUUUGCUUCUGGGAGGAUCAGCUCUCUCUCCAAGUACGGUGAUGAGUAAAAAGAGAGCACAGGAACAAGUAAUCAACUUGGCUAAAGAGGUUGGCUGUCCAACUGAUAACAAGACCAUCCUUUUAUCUUGCCUUCGUGGUACACCUGCAUUGACUCUGAACACAGCACAAACUAAGCUGUUAUCAAUCAGUGGGCCAUUCCAAACAUGGGGCCCAAUAGUUGAUGGGAUAUACCUACGAGAAUCCCCUCUCACAGCCUUCCCUAAUAGACGAUUCCAUGCAGUGGACUUAAUGAUUGGGAGUGCAGAGGAGGACGGGCUUGUCAGAAGAUCCAAAGCAAUUAUGAAAUUUGAAGAAACUUCUGGAAAAUCGGAAAGUAAGACAGCUUUCUAUCAAGCUCUUGAAAAUGCACUGGGAGGAGAAGCUUCUAAUUCACUCAUCAAGGAUGCAGCAUCCUGGUUCUAUUCACUACAGCAAUCUCUGGUUGACUACUCUGCUUUUUCAAGGGCUUUGGAGAAUGCAACACGGGACUCUUUCAUCAUCUGCCCUGUGAUAAAGAUGGCUACUCAGUUGUCUAAUAGCACACAAGCCAAUGUCUUCAUGUACCACAUUCCAAGAAGUUUUUCUCAACCUGGUGCAAGUCUUUCCUCAGAGGUUCAGUUUGUUUUUGGGUUGCCUCUCCAUCCUGACUCAGAACAGAUGUUCACGGUACAAGAGCAAAGCUUGUCACUCACUAUAAUCCAGUACAUUGCCAACUUUGUCAAAUCGGGCAACCCCAACUACCCCUUCACCUUCUCCAGAAAAUCUGCUGAUGAUACUCUGCCACUGUGGCUCAAUUUUUUUGAUAAUAUGGAUGGCAACAACUAUAAAGAAUUCACAAACUGCCUGGAAAAUAGAAAAGGUCUGAAGAAAGCGGAGUGCUCAUUCUGGUCCGACUAUGUUCCGAUGCUGCAAGCAUCCACAGGUGAUGUCUCUGAGAAUAAGACAAGCAUAGUUCAACAUGAGCCUGUACUCCCACCACCAAUCACACAAAGCCAACCACUGCAAGGAGAAGCUUAUCAAUAAUGUAUAAUGUUUGAAGUCUUCAGUGACAAACACAUUCUUUCUGAUUAACCUUGGAAGAAAAUUAAUACAACAUGA